GAAUGAACUGAAGGGUGAAAAUGGGAGGUCUGUGCGUGCACAGAUUGUGAAGUAUCUCCGACUUCGCGUCAGUGUUAAAGCUGCUUCAUAAAGUUGUAAUGAGCGCCGGCGCCGCGCUCCUCGCCGGAUGCAUUACGCGCUCUUUAGCUCGGUUACGCACUGACGACGGCGUCUGACAGCCCCGCGAUGGACGAGGACAACAGCGUCCUGCCCGAACUGAGGGAUCUGGAGACGAAGUUGGGUCGAAAAGUCCCCGAUAGCCUCUUUCGGUCGCUGGCUGGAGGGAAAGCCGGAGACAAGCACGACAAGCCCGCCGCCGCGCGCCUGGUGAACGGGAAGUGUUGGACGAAUUCUGCAGACCUGAAGAGGCUGGAGAGCAAAAUGCAAUUCCUCAAACAGGAAAUGGCCAACCUGCGAGCCAUUGACGUGAAGCUGAUGCAACAGCUCAUGUCCAUCAACGAGGGCAUCGAGUCCAUCCGCUGGAUGAUAGAGGACAAAGGGGGCGUGGCCAGCCAGGACGGCAGCCUGACGGGCAGCCUGUACAGCCUAUCGGACAGCCAGGACGGCGCCUCGCUGCGGGGCAGCCUCAGCAGUCUGAACGACGCCAACAGCGACGGGCUGGACAGCCUGUCGGUGGGGAGCUACCUGGACACGCUGGCGGAAAGCCUCCCCGACGACCCCUCGCCCACGGGCCUCGACUGCUUUGUGGAGAAAACUGUCAUCGACGGCGAAGCCUUCAGCAAAUCCCCCCUCAAAGCGAGGGUGGAGUCGGAUGAAUACUACUGCUUUGGAUAAGGUUGAAAAGCUAAGCGCGGUGGUUAUAAAGACUACUGAGACUCCAGUUUGUGCAGAAAGGCUGCAUUUUAAACACAAUUGUUUGGGUUUUUUUUCCCCUCAUGCUUCAUUUUGUACCUUGUGUUGGUUUGACCGUCGCUACUUAAAGUCACACCGAAAUGCAGGUGGAAGCAACUUAAAAGUGUCUUAAUAUAUUUUAAUGUUACUGUAAUAAUUCAGCGUUAUAUUUAUUGAAGUUGGGAAAUCAAACUAGUAGGAUUAAGCUGAAAAUUCCAUUUCAUCUGGAGGACUUCACUCUUCGCUAUCAGCUGAGAGUAGAUUAGGAUUUAGCAGCCAUUUGGAAAAAUUGGCCGUUUUGUGGCUCGAGAGGCUGAACCGUUUCAAGUGGCAGUGUGUUUAAGUUUUAAGUGUUACAGCAAGUGCAAUUUACUCCGCUGCCAAAACGCCACCUCCCAUCCCAAACACGUCAGGCUUUUCACUCUUUUUUUGUUUUCUUUUUCACCGGCGGGACGUUAAACGACCGGCGUUGCAGCGCGUCGUCUGACACCCACGGGAUUAGUUGCACAUUCGAAGCACGAUUACUUGACUGAAAACCAAAGCGAUUCGAUUGUCUUAAAGAUAAUUUAGGCCUGAGGCAAAAAAAAAAAAAAAACGCCUCGACAGCAGAUGGGAGA